AUGUCGGAGGAAUUGAAAAAACUGCAUACAGAACGCGGUCGCAUUAAGGCAAAAUUAACCCGCUUCAAAACCUAUUUGUUAUCAAACCAAACUACUGUAACUGAAAUUAAGCGUCGUUUAGGAAAGGUUGACGACAUCUUCAAUGAAUUUGAAAUAGUUCAAAGUGCAAUUGAAGAUCUCGAAGACACUGAUGUUGAACAAGCUGAGCGCGCUGCAUUUGAAGAUUAUUUUUAUGCCCUCCUUGGGCAAGCGGAUGAACAGGUAUUAAAAAGGGAGAAUGUAGUUGCCUGUGUAGGAAGCAACCACACAAAUAACACCCAUGUUAAACUCCCUCUGUUACAACUGCCAGAAUUCACUGGAAACUAUCUUGAAUGGACAAGCUUCUCAGAUACGUGGAAAUCAUCAAUUGACCAACAUCCGCACAUAAGUAACGUAGAAAGGUUCCAAUAUCUCAAGGCUGCUGUAAAGGGAGAAGCAAUGCAAGUAAUCGACGCAUUGACGUUGUCCGAAGGAAACUACCAAAUAGCUUGGCAAUUGUUGGAAAAAAGGUUCUCAGACAAACGUGCCAUAGUUCGGGAUAGAAUAAAUGUACUCUUGUCGGUUCAAUCUGCGGACAAAAAAGACUCAAAUUCACUGAGACAGGCCAUCAACACAGUUGAAAUGCAAAUUAAUGCUCUCAGUGUACUUGGAGUAGACACGUCAACUUGGGACCCAAUCAUAAUAGGACUGCUGACGUCAAAACUAGAUUCUGAAACUCUCGAAAGAUGGGAACGCUCAGAAACUACUAAUGAAUUGCCAACAAAAAAGGAAAUAUUAGAAUUCAUGAGUACCCACUGUCGAGCAAGAGAAUCAGUUCAAGCAGUACAACAUAAUGCUCCCAAAUUAACAGCAAAAUCGAAUAACAUAAAACAUAAGAAGGAAGGAAAGCAAACAAUUUACUCUACUGCUCACAUAGCUACCGACAACAAAAGUUGUAAAAUGUGCAAAAAGGGUCAUCCAAUAUUCUUAUGUUUCAAGUUCAAACAACUCAACUCACAAGAACGAAUAAACAAGGCAAAGGAGUUAAACCUUUGUGUGUGUUGUCUCUCAGAAGGCCACAAAAAGGAUUCUUGCAAAUAUCCUGGCUGCAAGAAAUGUAACGCGAAACACAACACUUUGCUCCAUCCUGAUAAUGUUCCAAUCACGACCGAUUCAACAGUAAGUCAGAAUGGAGUCCCAAAAGAGUCAGCUAACACUGUUAUAGUUAUGACUACCAGACCAACUGGUCAACAACCUAGGAAAACUGCAAUGCUAUCAACCGCGUUAAUAUUAGCUCGUGAUCAAAGAGGAUCAUAUCAACCAAUCCGCGCGUUACUUGAUCCCGGAGCACAAUCCAACUUUAUAACCGAACAUGCAGCUCAACUCCUCGGUUUACCAAGAAUCAAUCUGAAUGCAACAAUCUCAGGAAUGGGACAAGAAACGUCGGUAGCUCGCUCAAGCCUGAAUUGCAUUAUAAAGUCAUGCAAUUCAGAUUUCUCAGCAGAGGUUCACUGUUUGAUAAUGAAAAAACUUACCAAUGAUCUGCCCAUGACUAAAAUAAAUUUAGGAUCAUGGAAAGUGCCAAAAAAUAUAGAAUUGGCAGAUCCCAAUUUCAAUGUUCCAAGCAAAAUUGAUAUGUUGCUUGGGGCCGAGUGGUUCUUCCACUUAAUGGUGGAAGGACAAAUAAAGUCUACUCUUGAAGUACCAGUUGUGCAAAACACUGUGUUGGGCUGGAUAAUAUCUGGUGGUAGGAAUGUGUCACAUACGUCCAGUGAAAACUGCUUUCAAACUACAUGCUACUUCGAAAAAACAGAUGAUCUCAAGUCAUUAGUUGAAAGAUUUUGGCAAAUUGAUGAUUUAGGCAAAUGUGAGAAUGCCCUAUCAUCAACAGAAAAAGAAUGUCUGAACUGGUUCAACCAGACAACCACACAAGAUACGUCUGGUCGUUUCGUGGUAUCAUUACCUCGUAAACUCAAUGCAUCAGAACUAGGCGAAUCUAAGCAAAUGGCGCUACAUAGAUUCUUUGGGUUAGAAAAACGUCUUUCAAGAAACGCUUCUCUAAAGAAUUCUUAUUCUGAAUUCAUGAACGAAUACUUAGCACUUGGACACAUGGAAGCGGUAAAAUACCAUGAGUUAGAGAUGAAACAGAAUGUCUACUACUUACCUCACCAUGCUGUCAUAAGAGAAAACAGUUCAACCACAAAAUUACGCGUCGUGUUCGACGCAUCAGCUAGAACAACAUCAGGAAAAUCACUAAAUGAUAUUUUACAUGUCGGACCGACUGUGCAAGAUGACUUGAUUAACAUAAUGAUCCGAUUUCGAACUAAGAAAAUUGCGCUCUGUGCUGACAUUGAAAAAAUGUACAGGCAAAUACGGAUAGCUGAAGAAGACAGCUGGCUUCAACUAAUUCACUGGCGGGACAACCCAAGUUCUCCUCUAAAUGUUUUUCGACUAACCACAGUAACGUACGGAACAGCAGCUGCUCCAUUCUUAGCGACCAACACACUAAACACAUUGGCAAUGCAAAUAAAGGAAACAGCUCCUGAAGCAUCAAGCGUCAUAGCACAAGAUUUUUACGUAGAUGAUUUAAUGACGGGAGUAGACACAGUAGAAAACGCUAUUCAACUCCGUGAUCAACUUAUUAAAUCAUUGUCAUCAGUUGGUCUCCGAUUAAGAAAAUGGGCAUCAAAUUGCAGUCAAGUACUCUCAGACCUGCCUACGGAAGAUGUUGUAAAUUUUAGGGAUACUGGGUCCACGGAAGCAUCAUUGAAAACUUUGGGAAUGUCUUGGCGACCUAAGAGUGAUAUAUUCUUCUAUAUAAUUCAGAAUUUAAAUCUAGCUUUAAAAUGUACUAAAAGAAAUGUCUUAUCUGACUUAGCAAGGGUGUUCGAUCCACUAGGUCUCAUCUCUCCAACAAGCGUGCAAUUCAAAAUCAUAAUCAAGGAUUUAUGGAAAAUGAAAGUUGACUGGGACGAUGAAGCACCUCCAGAAAUCAGUGCCAAGUGGAAGAGAGCAAGAGAAGACUUAAUGGAACUCAACGCAUUGACAAUUCCCCGAUUAGUAUCUGAAGCAAAUUCGAUCACUGACGAAAUUCAGUUACACGGAUUUUCCGACGCUUCUGAAGCUGCUUAUGGAGCCUGCAUAUACUUAAGGUCAAGAAAGAACAAUCAGUAUGUAACUCACUUAUUAAUUUCCAAAUCUAGAAUAGCACCAGAAAAGACAACAACUCUGCCACGCCUUGAACUGUGUGCAGCGGUUUUGCUAGCGCGUCUGUACCACAAGGUGAAGUCGGCGCUCACUAGUAUACAAAAAUCAUAUUUUUGGACUGAUUCGACAAUCGUCAUAGCUUGGUUGGAAUCUCCGUCUUCUCAUUGGAAAACAUACGUUGCCAACAGGGUUGCUGAAGUACAAGAAUACACCAAUCCUGCAUCAUGGAAUCACGUGUCGUCAGAGGACAACCCAGCUGACAUCGUGUCCAGAGGUAAAUCAGCCAAAGAACUCUUACAUUCUAGCCUGUGGUGGCAUGGACCAAGGUGGUUAGAAAAUGAUGAAUGGCCUUGCAUGACUACCAUGAUAAAAAAUGAAACUGUCUUAGAAAAAAGGAAGGUUAAGGAAAACGCAAAUUUCGUUGCCAUCGAUGAUGAAGGAUCAUCCAUUCCGUACGAACGCUACUCCAGCUUCACUAAACUUAUUAGAGUCAUAGCCUAUUGUUUAAGAUUCUCAGCCAACGCUAAAGUAAAGAAGAGUGACCGAGUCACAACGUCAUUAACAACAGUUGAGUACCGAACUGCAACGUCCAAACUGAUCAUUGACUGCCAGCAAGAAAGGUUUAAAGAUGACAUUCACCGGAUUAUCACGAAAGGAAACGUAAGCAAAAAAAGCAAAUUACGCCAGCUCAAUCCAUUCAUAGACGACGUAGGACUUCUGAGAGUGGGCGGACGAUUGCAGAACUCAUCCUUCGCUUACGGCCAACAACACCCAAUAAUUUUACCAAAAUGUCAAUUUACCAGCUUGCUCUUUACUUAUACUCACCUGGCACUCCUACAUUGUGGCCCUCAACUACUACUAUCGUCAAUCCGUCGUACAUACUGGCCCUUAGGUGCCAGAGCACUAUCAAAAAAAAUUGUUCACUCAUGUGUGCCUUGUUACAAGGUCAAACCCCAAUCUGUGACCCCUAUCAUGGGCCAAUUACCGAAAUGCCGCACAGAACAGACACAAGUCUUUGCAAAAACUGGCGUAGACUACUGCGGACCAUUCUUCUUAAGAACUAGUCGACGCAGGAAUUCAUCAGUCGCAAAAACGUACGUUGCCAUCUUUGUAUGUAUGGCUACAAAGGCCGUUCACAUAGAGCUUGCUCUAGACCUCUCAACAGCGGAAUUCCUCAAUGUACUCAAAAGAUUCGUCGGCAGAAGAGGAAACCCUAGUCAAUUAUAUUCAGACAAUGGUCGAAACUUUGUUGGAGCUUCCAAGGAACUGAAAGAAUUGACGGCGCUAUUUAAUUCAAAAGAGCACCAACAUGAAGUGAACGACUUUGCUGCACAGAGAAAUAUCGAAUGGCAUUUCAUUCCACCUCUGGCUCCGCAAUUCGGUGGUUUGUGGGAGGCGUCAGUCAAGUCCUUUAAAUACCACCUCAAGCGAAUUGCAGGAAAUUCGUCCCUAACUUAUCAAGAAAUGGUGACACUGUUAGUGCUCAUCGAAGCCUGUCUGAAUUCGCGUCCGAUUAGCCAGAUGUCCAAUGACCCUGCCGAUCUAGAACCUAUUACUCCAGGACACUUUUUAAUUGGACGCUCGCUAACCGCACCAGCAGAACCAGAUCUACAACUCAUUUCUGAAAACCGUUUGUCACAGUGGCAAAGAAUUCAAAAGAUGUCCCAACAAUUUUGGCAACGUUGGAGCAAUGAAUACAUUGCAACACUCCAGCAACGUCCGAAGUGGAGCAAGGACCAACCGAAUCAGCUAACUGAAGGACAGCUGGUGCUGAUUGAAGACAAAAAUGCUCCUCCUCUACGUUGGAAACUCGGUCGUGUUUCUAAGCUCUUCCCAGGACAAGAUGGAGUCCUCAGAGUAGCUGAAGUCCAAACCACCAAAGGGCCACUGAGACGAGCGAUACGACAACUUUGUCCACUGCCUCAAAAAUAA